CGCUCCGCAGUCCUCCCAGGGCCGCUCUGACCGACCGCUCUGCAACUUCUCGCCUCCUCUCCGCCGUGCCUCCCACUGCGGCUCCUCGGCUCCCGGCCCCUCGCCCUCCCACAGCGGGUCUUCCCGCGGCCGCUCUGGCCCAAGCGUCCCCUCGUCUCUCUGAUCUGGCCCAUCCGGGAGGCGCGGGUGGGUGAGCGAAGGGACUGCGUCUAUGGGGUCCAGGCCCGAGCCUCUGAAGACGGGCCCCGCCCCCGGCUGGAGGAGUCUCCCCUGGACCAUCGGAUCCUGGCCUGUCCCGGCCCGCAGCCUCUAUGGAGGCUUCUGCCGGGCCGUAGAGCCUUUCGCCCCCUGGGGACUCACCCGUCCAUAAGGUCCGUUUGGCCUGCAGCAGCCCGAGUCCGUAAUGCUGGACACUGUUUAUGGGGUCGGCCCCCUAUGGGGGCCCGUGUCUAUAGGGGACCCCCAAGGUCCUUAGGGCUCGUCCCCGUCCAUAAUGACUCCAUAUACAGGGCCUUCCAUCGCUCUAUAGGGCCCAGCCCUCGGCUUCCAGAGCCUGUCAGCAGUGGCCAUUCCCUUCGCCGGGACUGCGUCUCCGGGACCUCCUCGGUCUACAAGGCCAUGUUAUGCCUAUAGAGGUCUCAUUUGCAGGGCCUCACGCCGGGUAGAGGGUCCUCUCCAGGUUUUUACUGCCCGUCCCCGCUCUAAGGGUCAGUACAGGAGGCGGCGAUGGCCCUGGGCAAGGCUCUGGCCACGGCACUGGCUUUGGCCUUGGCCGUGCUGGGGUCGCUGUCCCCUGGGGCCCAGGCGGGGGACUGCAAGGGGCAGCGGCAGGUGUUGCGGGAGGCGCCAGGCUUCGUGACGGAUGGUGCUGGCAACUACAGCGUCAAUGGCAACUGCGAAUGGCUCAUCGAGGCCCCAAGCCCCCAGCACCGGAUCCUGCUGGACUUCCUUUUCCUGGACACAGAGUGCACGUAUGACUACCUGUUUGUGUAUGACGGUGACUCCCCGCAAGGGCCGCUGCUUGCCAGUCUGAGUGGGAGCACCCGGCCUCCGCCCAUCGAAGCUUCCUCAGGCAAGAUGCUGCUACACCUCUUCAGUGAUGCCAACUACAAUCUACUGGGCUUUAACGCCUCAUUCCGCUUCUCCCUGUGCCCGGGUGGCUGCCGGAGCCACGGGCAGUGCCAGCAGCCGGGUGUGUGUGCUUGUGAGCCGGGCUGGGGGGGUCCUGACUGUGGCCUACAGGAGUGCUCAGCCUACUGUGGCAGCCAUGGCACCUGCGCCUCGCCCCUGGGACCAUGCCGCUGUGAGCCUGGCUUCUUGGGACGUGCCUGUGACCUGCACCUGUGGGAGAACCAGGGGGCUGGCUGGUGGCACAACGUGAGUGCUGGGGACCCUGCCUUCUCUGCCCGUAUUGGAGCAGCUGGCGCCUUCCUGUCCCCACCGGGGCUGCUGGCAGUUUUUGGAGGCCAGGACCUCAACAAUGCCCUGGGUGACCUCGUCCUAUACAACUUCUCCGCCAACACCUGGGAGUCCUGGGACCUGAGUCCUGCCCCGGCUGCCCGUCACUCCCACGUGGCCGUGGCCUGGGCCGGCUCCCUGGUGCUGAUGGGUGGUGAGCUGGCAGAUGGCUCGCUCAUCAACGACGUAUGGGCCUUCAGUCCACUGGGCAGGGGCCACUGGGAGCUCCUGGCACCACCUGCCUCCAGCUCCUCGGGGCCCCCAGGCCUGGCAGGUCAUGCGGCUGCCCUGGUGGAUGAUGUCUGGCUAUAUGUGUCUGGAGGCCGCACCCAGCACGACCUCUUCUCCUCUGGCCUCUUCCGUUUCCGCCUUGACAGCACCAGCGGGGGCUAUUGGGAGCAGGUGAUUCCAGCAGGUGGACGGCCCCCUGCUGCCACCGGCCACUCCAUGGUAUUCCAUGCCCCGUCCCGUGCCCUGCUGGUCCAUGGUGGACACCGGCCCUCCACUGCCCGGUUCUCUGUGCGAGUGAACUCCACUGAGCUUUUCCAUGUGGAUCGGCGUGUGUGGACGACGCUGAAGGGGCGGGAUGGGCUUCAGGGCCCAAGGGAGAGAGCCUUCCACACAGCCAGCGUUCUGGGCAACUACAUGGUGGUCUAUGGGGGCAAUGUGCACACCCAUUACCAGGAGGAAAAGUGCUACGAAGAUGGCAUCUUCUUCUACCACCUUGGCUGCCAUCAAUGGGUGUCAGGAGCUGAGCUUGCCCCGCCAGGAACCCCUGAGGGCCGAGCAGCACCUCCCAGUGGUCGGUACUCACAUGUGGCUGCGGUGCUUGGUGGCAGCGUCCUGUUGGUGGCUGGGGGGUACAGCGGCCGUCCUCGUGGGGACUUGAUGGCGUACAAGGUGCCCCCCUUUGUGUUCCAGGCACCUGCCCCUGACUACCACCUGGACUACUGCUCCAUGUACACAGACCACAGCGUGUGCUCCCGGGACCCGGAAUGCAGUUGGUGCCAAGGAGCCUGCCAAGCUGCACCCCCUCCUGGGACCCCCUUGGGGGCUUGUCCAGCCGCCAGCUGCCUGGGCCUGGGCCGCCUCCUGGGUGACUGCCAGGCCUGCCUGGCCUUCAGUAGCCCCACAGCCCCUCCGCGGGGACCCGGCACCCUGGGCUGGUGCGUGCACAAUGAGAGCUGCCUCCCUCGGCCUGAGCAGGCCCGCUGCCGAGGGGAGCAGAUCUCAGGCACGGUGGGCUGGUGGGGGCCUGCGCCUGUCUUCGUUACGUCCCUGGAGGCCUGUGUCACCCAGAGCUUCCUGCCUGGCCUGCACCUGCUCACCUUCCAGCAGCCGCCCAACACCUCCCAGCCUGACAAGUCUUUACGUUCAAGGGUCUGA